AAACAUACAUACAGACUGGCUUCCGGCAGUAAAUGAAAGAUGGCGUCUGCUAGCUGGAAUCACGAAACUAAAGCGCGAUUAAAUGAGAAAAUUACGGCUAACAUUAACGAUCUUGGUUCACUGGCACGUCAGGUUAUAAGGGGAUCGAAAUCAAACGACCUUCUAGCUCAGGCAGCUAAAAACUUUUCUUCCCAGGAGCCCUGCAUCAACCAUUCCUUUGAUACACUGAAGAAGUUGGACCACAUCAAAUCACAACUAGAAUUUCAGCAAGCAGCCAUAGAGAGAAGUAUGGGUAAUCUGGAUGAAAUACAAGAUGAACUGAAGACUAUUCGGAGAUGAUGAUGUUGACGGAGAUGAUGAGGUUGACUGAUUGGAUGGUUUUACUCCAGGUGUCCAGGUGUCUGGUCCACUAAGUGAUCUCAGUGCUAAGAUGAUCGUGACUACCAUACUUUAACAUAGCGCUAAGAUUGCAUUGUGGAACAGGACCUGCGAGUUACUCCCAUACCUUGUCUCAGGCUAUGUACAGACUUAUUUCCUUGCUUAUGCUCAUCUCAUAGUACCAUAACAGAUGCUCAGAAUGAAAGUCUCCACACAAUAGAAGAUACGUUCAAUGUCGUCUUGGUUAUUGUUCACCUUGUGAGUUAAGCAGGGACCAGCCAAUAAGUACUCAUCUGUUAUUAUUCAGUAUAUUUGUGCAAUCUUUAUACUAUUUCUAAUUGAUUAAGAAAGCUCCCUGGUCGAAUUCGAGAUUAGCUUCCCGGGCAGGUCAUAAGAGGUGAGUAACAAGAUCGGGUGGUCAACUGGAUGACUUUGUUGAUCUCGGUCAUCAUACCUGAUGGAUGGGUUGUUAUCAUGCAUAUUAUGCACCCCUAAGUUUGGAGUCUAAAAACUGAGAAAAAAGUGUGUAUUAUACACGAAUAAAUACAGUACUCAUGAUAUCAGUCACUGGUUACUCUGGUCCCAACUUAAUUAUUUACAGGCCAUGGUCAUAUAGCUGGAAUAUUGCUGAGUAUGAUGUUAUUUUACAACAAAAAAGCUGAAAUAUGAAAACCUAAAGUUGCUUUGGACCAGACAAAUCUAUGAGUAUGAUCCAGAACAAUAUGUAAAAUGAAUACAACAAAUAGGUUUUGUGUCAUGCUGUUAUUGUAAAUAAAUAUAUACAACCUAA